CAAGUAUAUUCCGGAUUUCUCCAUAAUUGUCCAAAGCUUUCUGCUAAAGCUAUCUAUUUCAAUAUGAUAUUUUAUUUAUCACUGAUGUGACAAAUCUGUAUUUAUAUAUUUAUAUUUAUAUAGCCUCCCAGUUCUUGCUUUCUUGCAAAUAGGCUUUGCUUUCAUUUGGGAAGUGAGAGAAGGUAGAACUGAAGACUGAGGAAGUAGAAGAUCAGAAGAUGAUGAAGAUGAGGAGUUGUAAACUAUUAAUGUUAGAAGAGAAGAACGUAAAAGAUAAAGAUCGAAACUUUGAGUGCAUGGAUAGUCUUGAAGAGAGGGUUUCUGUGUUUUUCGACGAACACUAUUGUUCAGGAGAAUCUGAUCAUCAUCCUUGUUUGGAAUAUGAUCAUCAAUCAAACGGUGAUGACCCAGAAGAGAGGACUUUCUACUGGGAAUCUCAGUACUUCCUUCUUCAGGAGGUUUUGGAGAGAUAUAACUUGACAGGAUCAAAGUUGAGAAGAGAGAUUGGUCGAGCUAUAGAUACGGCUAAAGAGACAGACUAUUGCCAUUGUGCAAAGCCCAAAACCAUUCAUGGUCAUGGCUGCAACCACUGCUUGAGACGAAUGGUCGUAAAAGAUCUUCGUGAAAAGGGAAUUAAUGCCUCUCUUUGCUCAUCAAAAUGGAGACACACCAAGAAAAUACCCCAAGGUUGCCACGAAUAUAUCGAAGUGAUUGGAAACACACCGACUCAAAAGAAGCAAAUACCAUACAUAGUUGAAGUGGAAUUUCGAGACCAAUUCGAGAUCGCCAAGCCAUGCGACGAGUAUGGGAAGCUUCUUAGUCUAUUACCGGAGUAUUACAUCGGCAAGACCGAUUGCCUAAACGCAGUCGUUCGCAUCAUCUGUGGCUCGGCCAAGAGGUCGAUGAAGGAGAAGAAGAUCCACAUGGGACCUUGGCGAGAGACCAGCUUCAUGCUUAUGAAAUGGUCGUCCACGCUUCCCUUGAACAACUUCCCCCCAAUUUCACCACCCUCCCCGUCCCCGUCCGCGAAGCAAUCGCACUUUUCCGCGGCUCCUCCAGCGGUCGUGGUUACAUGAAAACAAAUUUUAAGAAACAUAAAGAGAUGUUGGGUUUAGAUUUUGGCGUAUAUAAUAUAACACGCCGUUUUUGUCAUAACAAAACAAUUGUGGCCGAUGAAGAGAAAAUACGUGUAUAGUAGAGUCUGAGAUAUUGGUUUGUGUUACAUCUUUCUUACAUGUGAUGUGAAAACCAACAAAAAAAGACUAUGAAGAGAGUAGUGAGAUAUUUUUUAACAUUAUCGUAGAAAUUUAUGUAGAAUGUGAACCUGUCUGUAACUGUCA